UAUAUAUGUAUGUGUGUGUGUUUUGAUGUUAUUUGUGACGGAAUCCCCCCCUUCAGUCUCCAAGAAUCCGCGAGCGGCGCAAGGAGGAGGAGGACAGGAGAGGAGGAGGAGGAGGAGGCGCGCGGACCUGUCCACGAGCCCUCACUGCGGAACGCGCGGGGCUGCCGCUGGAGAUCCCAAACCAACGGUUAUUUUGGAUUCUAGAGUCUAACUGAUCCCCGCGCGCCAGGGGGCUUUUUCCCCCACCCCGUCUCUCCCGUUGAAUGGACGGCGUUUGACAUCUAAACCGAGAGGAAUACUACCUAUCUACGGGUGGGAGAGGUGGCGGUGGAGGGGGGAAGUCUUCAGAACCAGACAGGUGGAUUUAUCCGUGUGGUUUCGUUUUUUGGGGAAGGGAAAUUGAAUGGAGGAGAAAUUGAUGGAUUAAUCUGACGGAGAGUCGUAUGCGAUUCCCACUCCUGCCGAGGGCACCCGAAUGGAGUAACAGGCUGCAAUGUCAUCUCCACCUGGCCGCCUGGAGAGAUGUGUCACGGGAAUGGGAUCAAGUUUGAACACUUUUCCUCUGGUUUCACCGACGCCGUGAGAAGGAACCAAAAUGCCAGUAAACGGACAGGUCACGGUGGCUGCCCGCACGGGCCCUCGCACCACGGCAGCACAAGUCAACAUUCAUCGCACGGACUCCGCAGAAGAAGGCGCAAAACCUCCGCGAACACAACCCCGCAGCAGCCGCGCUUUGUGACACCGAAGGGUAUAAUGGGUGUAGUGGGCUGGAUGUUGCUCCUACUUUCCCAUAUGAUGGCGCCUGUGGCAUCCCAAAAGCCCCCAGGGCUCAGCGUGGGCGUGAUCAUGGGCCAGACGCGCGCCGUUAUCGACCAGGAUCUCCGACCACCUCGGCGCCCCGAAGAUGCGCUCGAUGUUUCCGUGGUCACGCUGAAGAUGAACCAAACAGACCCAAAGUCUGUGAUUACACAGGUGUGUGAGCUUCUUUCUCGCACCCGUCUCCAUGGUAUCGUGUUUGCUGAUGGCACCGAUCAGGAAGCCAUUGCCCAGAUCCUUGACUUCCUGUCCGUUCAGACUCAACUUCCAGUCCUGGGAGUCCACGGAGGCUCCUCUAUGAUUAUGGCUGACAAGGAUGAGAAAUCCACAUUCUUCCAGUUCGGCGCGGCUCUUCAGCAGGAGGCUCUGCUCAUGCUUGCUAUCAUGGAGGAAUACGACUGGCAUGUUUUUUCUAUCGUCACAUCCAAGUUCCCCGGGUACCAGGAAUUCAUAAGCACGCUGAGGGUAACUGUGGAUCACAGCUUUGUGCGAUGGGACAUGCAGAGUGUGGUGACUCUAGAUGCUGUGGAUGGCGACCCAAACUCUAAAUCACACAUUGCACUCAAGAGGAUCCAGAGUCCUGUUAUAUUGCUCUACUGCUCCAAGGAUGAAGCUGUGUAUAUAAUGGAGGAGGCUCGGUCCUUGGGUCUGAUAGGAGCUGGUUACAUCUGGAUCGUGUCCAGUCUCACCACUGGCAACCCAGACUUUACCCCUGAGGUCUUCCCCCUGGGUAUGAUCUCUGUGUCCUAUGAUGACUGGGAGUACCCGCUCGAGACACGGGUGCGGGAUGGGGUGGGCAUCAUUUCCUCUGCAGCCACCUUCAUGUUGCGGGAGAAGGGAGAGCUACCAGAAGCCCAGAGCAGCUGCUACAGUACAGCAUCAGACAGGAGCCCGGGGAAGCUCCCACCUAGUGCCCUGCGCAGACACAUGAUGCACGUGUGGAAUGAAGGCCGAGAUUUAUCCUUUACUCCAGACGGUUACCAGGCCAACCCAAAACUGGUGGUGAUCGUCCUAAAUGUGGAAAGGAAGUGGGAGAAGAUGGGCCGCUGGGAGAACGGGACGUUGUCGCUGAUGUUCCCGGUGUGGCCGAGGUAUAACUCCUAUGGGGACGAGGAUGCCGAUGAAAACCACCUCUCCAUUGUCACUCUGGAAGAGAAACCUUUCGUCAUUGUGGACAACGUAGACAUCCUCACUGGCACCUGCAUGAGAAACUCAGUGCCCUGCCGCAAACACGUCAAAAAUAACAGCACAUCAGGAGGCGCUUAUAUUAAGCAGUGCUGCAAAGGUUUCUGCAUUGACAUUCUCAAGAAGAUAGCCAGGAAUGUGAAGUUUACCUAUGAUCUCUACCUGGUCACCAAUGGGAAACAUGGAAAGAAGAUCAACAACGUCUGGAAUGGCAUGGUUGGAGAGGUGGUGUAUAAAAAGGCAGAGAUGGCCGUUGGCUCGUUGACCAUUAACGAGGAGAGGUCGGAGGUCAUCGACUUCUCUGUGCCCUUUGUGGAGACUGGCAUCAGCGUCAUGGUGUCACGCAGCAACGGGACCGUCUCGCCUUCAGCGUUCCUCGAGCCCUUCAGUGCAUCGGUUUGGGUGAUGAUGUUUGUGAUGCUGCUCAUUGUCACAGCCAUCGCCGUCUUCCUCUUUGAGUUUGUCAGUCCGCUGGGCUUCAACCGCAACUUGGCCCAAGGCAAAGACCCACAUGGCCCCUCAUUCACCAUUGGUAAGGCCAUAUGGCUGCUGUGGGGUCUGGUGUUCAACAACUCUGUGCCUGUGCAGAACCCGAGGGGCACCACCAGUAAGUUCAUUGUCUCGGUGUGGGCCUUCUUUGCUGUCAUCUUCCUGGCCUCCUAUACUGCCAACCUGGCUGCUUUCAUGAUCCAAGAAGAGUUUGUGGACCAAGUCACUGGACUCUCUGACAAGAAGUUCCAGAGCCCGUACUCCUAUUCCCCUCCUUUUCGGUUCGGGACGGUUCCAAACGGGAGCACCGAGCGCAACAUCAGGAAGAACUACCCAGAUAUGCAUCAGUACAUGACCAAAUACCAUCAGACCGGCGUCGUGGAUGCACUAGUCAGCCUCAAGACCGGGAAGCUGGAUGCUUUCAUCUACGAUGCGGCGGUGUUGAACUACAUGGCGGGGAGAGAUGAUGGGUGUAAGCUGGUGACCAUCGGCAGCGGUUAUAUCUUUGCCACUACAGGUUAUGGCAUUGCCCUGCAGAAAGGAUCCUACUGGAAACGCCUGGUUGACCUGGCCAUACUGAGCAUCAUAGGAGACGGUGAGAUGGAGGAGCUGGAAGCUCAGUGGCUGACUGGGAUCUGCCACAAUGAGAAGAAUGAGGUAAUGUCCAGUCAGCUGGAUGUGGACAACAUGGCAGGGGUCUUCUACAUGCUGGCCACGGCCAUGGGCCUCUCCAUCCUCACCUUCAUCUCGGAGCACCUUUUCUACUGGAGACUGAGAUACUGCUUCACUGGUGUCUGCUCUGGAAGGCCGGGCAUUCUCUUCACUAUCAGCAGGGGUAUAUGGAGCUGUAUCCACGGCGUUCAUAUAGAUAUGAAGAAGAAGGCACCAGAGCUGGGCUUCAGUCCUCAAGCCAACAUGCUGCACCUGCUCAAGUCUGCCAAGUCCAUCGCUUUGCCUUCUCCCAAACGCAACACAGUCGUUGUGCAGCCCAGCAUCAUAGACAUGAUGUCAGGGAAAGGUAACUCCCUCCAUACUCUGCCUCAGAAGGGUCCUGGUCUCUAUAGCAACGCUGCGGGUCCACAGGGCUUCCUGUCAUUGUCCGGGAGGCACAAAAACCUCCUCAAUAAUGCUGCGCCAUUUCCUGGGCAACAAAAAGCUCCACCCCACCAGACCAGCCCCAACAAGCCCCAGCUGUCAAUCACAGAUGACAACGGCCAAACCCGCCUCACCGGGGCGGGCCUCACUGCAUCAAAGCCCCGAGCCUUGUGGAAGAAAAGUGUCGAGACCCUGAAGACUCAGCCGAGCGUCGUAUCUCCAGGCCACAGCCCCGCCCCUGCAUCUGGGCCCGGACCGCCACAAAUGAAGAGCCAGCGCUACCUACCCGAAGACCCACAGCACUCGGACCUCUCGGAGUGCUCCAGUCGGCCACCGUCACACAAAGAUUCUGACUCCAUGGCAGCAAGGGGCGGAUUUAAGCCAAUCAAUCAACUGAGGAAGAGGGGUGGGGGCGGUGGAGGAGCAGGCGGUGGAGGUGGAGCAUCCAAGAUCUACUCCAUUGAUUCAGACCAGGCCAGUCUCCAGUCCGUUCCCCCAUACCAGCGAGACAGCCAGGGGGGAAGUGAUGAGCACCCUUACCCCCCUGACCUGUUUCCACCUGACAGCACAUACCCGCACACACUCUCCCACCAGUCAGACGCACCCAUUUUGCAGCUGAGCGCCAGCCUCCUACACCACAGUCACAGCGCUGAGGCCGACCUGCACUCUCUGAAGGAUAAGAAAUACAGCACCUACACUCACAGCAGUGUGAAAGAGAAGGUCGGAGGUUCAUUCGAAGCCCCAAGUGCAGGUCCAGGGACGCAAAGUGUCAGGCCCGGCCACUGUCGCUCCUGCCUCACCAAGCUGAGCGGUUACUCUGGCCUCUACACUGUUCGCUCGCCACAAGCUCGCUGCGAUGCCUGCGCCCACCUGGGGAAUUUGUAUGACAUCAGUGAAGACCACCUGCACUCGCACUACUCCCACACACACCCUCACCCACACAGCGCGGACAUGUUCACGCACUACCUUCCCCAGAGCGAGCUGGGCCUGGUGGGUGAGGGGGACGGGCUUGUCAGCCACUUUGAGCCCACCCCUUCCUCCCCGUCCCCUCUCCCCACCUCCUCCUCGGCCCAGCACCUCCAGCUGAGUCGCCAGCACUCUUACGAGAAUGUGCUUCCGGACGGCAUUCCCGAGCGGCAGUCGCAGGCCCACCCCCACAUGCGGGGGCUGAGUCUGCCUGACAGAGAUAGGGAGAGGGAGCUGACCCUGGAUGAGGGGGCCUAUGCUAAUGUUCUCACAAUGCGCUCUGAUCGUCCGCUGAGCAGCCGCAGCCCUCCCUCUCCCUCACCCUCCCACCACCACAGUUUGGACACCCCGAUGCCUCUGCCGCGGCGCUCGAAGAGCCUCUUCCCCGACCGCCCAUCCCACAACCCCUUCCUACAGUCGGCGCCGGGCACGGCACAACGCGAUCCCGCCUCCCAGGCUACAACACGAAUGCCACUGAGAAAUUCCGCCCAUGAGCUCUAUAAGCAGCGAAUGCCUGUGUCACUUACUCUGGGUAACCAUGGCAACCAUCACUUCAACCAGCAUGGCGGCCAGGUCGACCAACAGGUGUUCUACCCUCCGCAGGAGCCUCCCGUUGUGGCCUACAUGGUCCCACCUGCUGCCUCGCAGCCAAUGAGCUAUGUGACAGCGCCGCGAGCCUCGAGCGCGGGCGGCAACCGACCCCGGCUCUACCGCCGCAUGCCCAGCAUCGAGUCUGACGUCUGAGAGUCACACACAGCACACUAAAAAUCUCACUGAAACACACUAACACGCACGCAUGCAACGAAAGAGGUGUGUGUGACCGGACGAGGCAGCUCUGAUUCUAAGCACAUGCACAAGAAACACACACAGACAGACACGCACACACGGGUGAAAAGCGGGAAGCUCGGGACUAAAAAGGUUAACAGCGAGUAAGUAAAUCAUUGUUUUCUUUACCACACCCUCCAUAGGUCAGAGAUGGGAGGGCCACAGGGACAGCUGGAGGCACAAUACAAGAUGAAGAGAGUGUGUGUGUGUGUGUGUAUGAGUGUCAGUGUGUGUACCAGCCUCGAGCCGCGAGCAACGAGGCACGAACUGACAAUUUGUCCGACAAGACGGAUCGACAUCCUGUGGAAUACGAGGGACACUGUACACGGUUUCUUAACGCCAGCAGUGGGACGUAAGGGAACUUGUGAUGAAGUGUUUGGAAGACGAGCCGACCUGUCACGCCCUCUCACCAGCCUCUUGGAGAUAAAGGGGACACACAAGAAACCCCUUUCUUUCUGAGAUUACACACACACGCAUAUUUAACCUAAACACACCCACCCCCUCUCUAGGACUCUCCUGUUGCACUAUGAUUUCCAGUCAACCCGUAUGUUGUCUGAGCCUCCAAACUGCACUGCCAGCAUGGCUUAAAGAGUAGUAAACUUCACUUAGAGUAAUCCUUGACUUGAAUGGAAACCACUAUCUAUGUAACAGACCGGACCGGGCAGCGGGCAGCUGGUCAGGAAACAGGUCUGAGAAGUGUAUCGGCGCCCGCCCGCAGACGUACAAACACUCGAACACACACACGUGCUGUCUGUUGUUACGGGGGGGGGGGGAACCACAGACUGUUUGUCACUGUUGAUGUCAGAUAAUUGAACAUUCCAAAAAGUGGUCCGAACACGGCCACCAGUUAAAAGCCUCUCAGGAUGAGGGUGUGUGUUCUAGUGUUUUAUCGAUCUAGAGACAUACAGUAUAGCAUCCUUGCUUCCUCUCUUAGCUAGCCUUCAGGUCAUACUGCAUGCUUCCUACUGCCCUGUGUUACAGUUAAAUCUACUAUACAGGGUCAUAUAUGCACACAUCCAUACAUGCAGACACACACACAUACACAUACGCAGUAGUCUAGGAUAGUAGUGUAGGGUUGGGUGUGUGUGUCGAGGCUACAAGAUAGCUUCAUUUUGUGCACUUUGUAGAUUUUAUACCCUGCCACCUACACAAGACGUUUGACCAAAAACACUUUUAUACUGAAAAAUAUGAAUAUUCUCAGUCAUUCGCUGAAUAGAUGUUUUUUCUUUUCUCUUAAUUUCUUCUUUGGCAUUGGGGUUUAGGGCACCGUUCCAUUGUGAGGUCGGACGUUUUACAGUGUUAGAUAAUGGGGUACAGCAUCAUGCAUACAGUAUACACAACACAAACUUGAAAUCUUUCUCUUCUUUUUGAACUUUUACCCGCGCUCCAUCUUCUCGCCCUGCCCCCUCCCACUGAUCCUUUUCCUCCAUCCCUCUCCUUAACCAGGUUUCCUCUUCGAUUCCUCUUUUUUCACUCCCCCUGCUUCCUCCUGUAGAGUAGACCGAGUAUGAGAAGAUUAAAGUUCAGUCGUGGUGUUUUUAAAAAAGAAAAAAGAAAAAAAACUCAACAUUUUGCUGGAAAUCACUUAACAUCAGUAGCUGUGAGAACUCGUUCGGCUCUCGUAGGAUCCCAGUGCUUUUUUUCUAAUAACUUUCUAUGUCAAGCAAAGGAGCCGGUUUUAAUGUCUCCGUAGUGAAUUUAGAGGCUGAGUGUAUCGCUGUUGCAGAUUUACUCAUCUAAUGAAUGCUCCUGGACGCGCGUCAGAGUAAGCUGGUACUUGUGUGGCUCUUGUGUUGGCGAGAACACGGCGCUGUGUUUCAGCACUGAGAGUCACGUGGCAACGCGGAGAGUUAGCAAAGUGACUCGUUACAGAGGCAACACUCGCGCACACACAGACACACACGCGCGCACAGACACACUCAACAAGCUGGCAAUGUGUGUAUGAGUGUUCUAGAAAUCCAUAAUCUACUGAGUAAGGGCACUGAUUUGUUUUUUAAAUUUAUUAAUUUAUUUAUUUUUUAACACAAGGAUUUUGAUGGAAAAAGGACUUGAUAUCCCAUUAGCUGAGCGUCUGUCUAUUCUCUUUCUUUCUAUGCUCUAUUCUCUCUCUCAUACGCGCGCACACACACACACAGGCAAACCACGCUCACAUAUAUCUAAUAUAUAUAUUGGCUGCAAAGAAUGCGAGAGAGUUUGAACAAAAAACAGCACCUUUGAACGGUGAACGCUGCCCCUCUUUUGGUAAUCUUAACAGGUUUGAUGUGUGAGUUAUAUGCACAAUAUCAGGUUGCAAUAUUAUACUUCUGUACAGAGAAAAUCUUUGUUUUAAAUGUUAGAAACUGAUUUCAUUUGUUUGAUUUGAAUGGUAUUAACUGUUGAAUUCAUUUCAAUAACAACGUGGCUUUUUAAUUCUGCUUCUUAAAAACAAAAAAAGACUGGCAUGGUUUAGAUUAUCGUGAUUUUGUUUGCUUUUGUUUUUUUUUUCAUUUAUUUCUUUAUUUUUCCCCUCUGGUGUGUUGCUGGUUGGGACCUCACUGUACAGUCGUCACUGCUGGGUUAAUGACUAGUUAACUAUGCCUGUUAACUAGCUGCACGUAGCUGGGUCAUCUGAUUCACACUCAAUGAAUAAUGAUCGUCCAGCCUGUGUGGUUAAUACAAAAACCCCCUCCCACCCACGUAGUUCCACUACAAGUCUGUGCUGUUUUACCUGUGAGCGAGUGUGAGUGUGUCUGUGUGCUUGUGUGUUUUACACCGUGCAGGCAUUUAUAUAAGACAGAGGAUGUGUGUAUUUACAGGUUGUUUGUGGUGUGUGUGUGUGCUUUUCUGGACUCUCUUCCCUUCAUCCCACACGUAACCUUCUGACCUGGCUCUUACUCAUACAACACAAAUACAGCUAGGCACACACACACACACACACACAUGUUGCGUCUGUACCGUUGUGAUUAAGCGAGCAUGAGGUAUGCGUUUUUGUAUGUCCACCAUCACAGGUUUUUACACCAACCUUUUGGUUUUACUUUCAGAUUUUUCAAAUUGCAUGACGUGCUCGUGUUUCUGGUGGUACAUAUUUUGCUGCAACACCUAAGUUCUCCCUGAGUUAGACCUACUGGACUACACGAACCAACACGUACCAUUCCAUGUCUUGGUCAGAGGCCUGGAUGGUUACACUUCCUGGCUCCUGGCCCCAUGAUGUCAGCGGUAAGGCACCCGGCUGGCUCCCACAUAGCCGCUAUCGAGGAGCACGCUUAGUGUUCCCGGGGCUCAGUACAGAUCUCAGUUUGGCCCAGGUGUUCACACACAAACACACAUACACUGUACUAGGUGGACAGAGUGUGUUGGUGUGUAGUCCUGUGGGUCUCCCUGCCGUGUAUCUCACUUGUGUAUAAGUUCAGGGGUUUCUAAGCUACUAGUUGUGUUGUAAAUACUACCUUGUCACUCAGUACCUCUGUACAAUCUGUAAAUAAGUAAAGGUUACAUUUUUCUA